AUGUCUUUGCUUUCUGCUGCUUCUCCGGAAACUGGCCGCAAAAGUACCGAUGAGACGCCCUCUAGUCAUGGGAGUGCUGACAUUCAUGUGGCACCUGCUGGACGGGAAACAUCAGGCCACAAGCACUCGAACCCCUGCGAUAUCUCCCCCGAUCCGCUUGCGACUUCUAAGCUUGGAAACCUGCAGUCGUCCUUUGGUCGCAAGAAUGACAACUCCUCUAGCAAGAAGCAGAAGCUAGAGCAUUCUACCAAUGCCGUCUCUCUAACAGGAAAUUCCGAGAUGGAGCGACUCCUGGCGAAACUCUCACCAAAGUCUCAGAUACCAGAUACCAAACAAGCUGCCAACGAAGAAAUUCUUUCCAAAUUCUCCGAGCAACAGCUUCUCCUCGACAAGCAAAACAAACUUUUGACGAGCAACAAAGUCAAAUCGGCUGUCCCUGAGGAGCUCGAGAGACCCUCGAACUUGUCGCACCGAACCGGUUCGAAUCAGCCUGGCGGCAUCGCGGAUGCUGCCUGUCUGGAUACUCUGAAUAUGGGAGCUUCGGAGGUGCUUCGCCUAAAGCAGGAACUCCAGGUUGCCAACUCCAGAAUUGCACUUCAAGAGCAAGAACUGGCACAAACUCGUGUUAUCAAACACACCCUAGAUCAGGCUCUAGGGCCUCCAUCAGAGGCUGAUUUUGGUGGGCGCGACAUUAGCGAACAAACGAUCAACAACUUACAGAGUGCUUUCAACGCAUCUGUUCCAACUCCUCAUUUACUGCAAGAUGGUUGGAACACACAGGAAGACUCACAGUCUGACAUAUCUGACGCACUCUCCGCCGGCGCUUACAACAGGGCUAGAGGGGGAUUUUGGGGGGGCCCUGCUCAGCAAGUCUACAGCAUGGGCCUCAACUCGGAGAAAGCUUAUGGUGACUCUAGUCUUCCUUUGCCUGGCACGUCGUUCGGUCAAGACUCGAGCAGAUUUUGGGGGCCAUCGGCCACGAAUCCCUCUGUUGCAGGAAACAGUGCUUUUCAAGCUCACCGUGUGCUAUCAGGUCCUCCGGCCGCUCCCUGCAGCUUUGAUCCACCUUUUUCAGAGGAUCAAGGUAGGUAUAUGCAAAGCUCAGCUUUUGGGCCACGACCUCCGACGGCUCAACCAAGUCGCCUUGGGCCAUGCUUUCCUGGCGCAAACUCUCCUUGGGGCACCUUUGCUCCUAGCUCAUCAGACAGCCAGGGUUCCCGAUCACCUCCGAGUAAACCGGUCGGCACUUAUCAACAAGUUGGACUGUACCCGUUACCCCCGUAUCAUCAGCGGGCAAUUGCACCGCCGCUCUCGCCAACAGCGACUGAAUUCACAUCUCCCACAGGAAGUUCAGUUCCUUGGGCCACUUCAUCUGUCAGCGGAAGCUCCAUUCAAACGUACAUUUCGCCACUCGAGCCCUUGAACUACCGGCGGCUUCUCGACAAGAACGUCUCUUGCGAUUGGAAGUACAUCGUGGACAAGAUCGUCUGCAACAACGACCAACAGGCUUCUAUCUUCCUACAGCAAAAACUGAAAGUCGGGACUACAGAGCAGAAGUUUGAUAUUAUUGAGGCCAUUAUCCAACAAGCGUACUCCCUCAUGGUGAAUCGGUUUGGAAACUUCCUCGUCCAACGCUGUUUCGAACAUGGGACUCCGGAGCAGAUCAUCGCUAUCGCAAAUGCCAUCAAAGGCAACACUCUCAGUCUCAGCAUGGAUCCAUUUGGCUGUCAUGUGGUUCAGAAGGCUUUUGACUGUGUUCCUGAAGAGCACAAGGCAAUUAUGGUACAUGAGCUUCUCCGCAGAAUUCUGGAGACUGUGAUCCACCGGUAUGCAUGCCACGUCUGGCAGAAGCUCUUUGAACUACGCUGGAGUGAGGAGCCUCCGCAGAUUAUGGCAAAGGUCAACGAGGCUCUGCGCGGUAUGUGGCACGAAGUCGCAUUGGGGGAGACUGGAAGUUUGGUGGUCCAAAAUAUUUUCGAAAACUGUGUCGAGGAUGAAAAGCGCCCAGCUAUCGAAGAAGUUCUCGCAAAAAUCGAUGUGCUUGCCCAUGGCCAAUUCGGGAAUUGGUGCAUCCAACAUAUAUGUGAGCAUGGGGCGCCGCACGAUAAAAGCCGUGCAAUCGAACAUAUUCUUCAUUGGGCAGUGGAAUACAGCAUGGAUCAAUUCGCAUCCAAGAUUGUCGAGAAGUGCUUGAAGAUUGGGGGGUCAGAAUUCUUAGACCGUUAUCUUUCUCGAGUCUGCACUGGCCGUACGGAUCGACCUAGAAUGCCCUUGAUUGAUAUCGCAGGGGAUCAGUAUGGCAAUUAUCUCAUACAGUGGAUUCUAAUGAACGCUGCGCCUCAUCAACGUGAGCUUGUUGCAACUCAUAUCCGCAAGCACAUGGUUUCUCUGCGUGGGUCCAAGUUUGGCUCGCGCGUGGCGAUGCUCUGUUGUAACCUUUCCCACACCACUCGCCCAGGGCCUGGAACGGGUGUGCAGAUUGGCAGAUUCAACAAUUUCAACGACGAUCGAUUCCAGGCGCAGAGUCAACACGGAGCCCGCUUUGGCCGGGGAAGUCAGUGGAACCCUAGUUAUCCACCAUUUCGUUAG